AUGUCCUGCAGGUACCAGAUCCGGGCGCUGGAGUCUCAGAAGCGGCAGCAGGAGCUGGUGCUGCGCAGGAAGACCCAGGAGGUGACCGCCCUGCGACGCCUCACAAAGCCCAUGUCGGACCGCGUGGCCGGACGCGUGGCCCGUUGGAACCAGACCCCCCCAGUUACGGACUCCGGAGCUGAUUUGUCGGCCAGCACCACAGCAAGCGGCUCUGAAGCCGAGGGUGCGAGGACUGUGAGCGGCUUGGUGCGGCAGUGGAACAAUAAGAACAAUGUGUACGGAUACCUGGGAGAGAGCGAGGGCAGCAUGGAUGGAACACGGGUGAUUGGCAGCAGGAGGAAGUUGCAGCGGAAGCCGGCGGGCCUGUGCGGCCCUGCGGCUGCUGGAAGAGCCACUAGUUUCUCUAAGUCGGCCCGUCACAAGUGGCAAACCCUCGAGCGUCGCAUCAUGGAUAUCGUCAUGCAGAGAAUGACCAUUUCUAACGUGGAAGCUGACAUGGAUCGCCUUAUCAAGAAGCGAGAAGAGCUGACUGCUCAGCAGGAGGCGCUUUCACAUAAGAGGCAGGUACUGAUGGCGGACGGGGAGGGGCCAGAGGCCGAGGACCGUCUCCUUCAAGAAAUUAACGAGGACAUCGAGGUGCUGAAUGCAAAUAUAGACUACAUCAACGACAGUCUGUCGGACUGCCAGGCCACGAUAGUGCAGAUCGAGGAAACCAAGGACGAGCUGGACUCUGUGGACACCUCAGUGGUGAUCAGCUCCUGCUCACUGGCUGAAGCCCGCCACCUGCUGGACCACUUCCUGAAGGCUUCCAUUGACAAGAGUUUACAGGUGGCCCAGAAGGAGACCCAGAUCAGGCUGCUGGAAGGCCAGCUGAGGCAGACCGAUGUGAUCGGCUCGUCUCAGAAUCACAUGAUCCUCGAUGCGUUACGUGAAAAGGCUGAAUACAACCCUGAACUCCAGGCUCUCAUUCACAACGCCCAACAAGAAAACGGUUAUGCCAGCACGGACGAGGAGCCUUCGGAGUUCAGCCAGGCCUCUGACAGCAGUGUUUCACAAAUGAAGGAAUCCAACAGCCAGGAUGAUUUCAAAUUAAAGGUGGAGCCUCGUCUGUCAGGCCAGAUGAAGGCGGUGUCGGCAGAGUACCUGGGUCCGGUCCUGGACCCGUCGUCAAGCAGCAAACCGCAGCACAUCACCAAGUCUCUGGCCUCGCUGACAGACAUCCAGGAGGACGGCCUGAGUCUCAUUCCAGGGAGUUUGGCGUUAAGUUUGCCCCUGCGAGACCCCUACUUCAAGGACCGCGCGUCCCGCACCAUCAGCCUGCCCGUCAGGGGUCACACCUUUCCCAGGCAGUCUCGGGGUUAUGACACCUCCCCUUUAACAAGAAGGAAAUCUUACGACCGCGCCUACAGGCCUACUGAUGGCUACACUCCCCCCUCCUCCCCUCCUCUGAGGACCAGAAACGACCGCAACGUCUUCUCCAGGCUCACCAGCAACCAAACCCAGGGUUCUGCUCUGGACAAGUCGGAUGACAGCGACUCCUCGCUCUCCGAGGUGCUCAGGGGUGUGAUCAAUCCCAUCGGGGGCGUGAAGGGGGGUCGGACAGCACCCCUGCAGUGUGCCUCUGUAGCCGAGGGCCACUCGAAGCCGGUUCUGAGCGUGGAUGCUACAGAUGAGCUGCUGUUCACCGGAUCUAAAGACCGUACCUGUAAGAUGUGGAAUCUGGUAACGGGUCAGGAGAUCACCACCCUUAAAGGACACCCGAACAACGUGGUGUCGGUGAAGUACUGCCCCUCCUCUGGCUUGGUCUUCUCCGUCUCCACCUCCUACAUCAAGGUGUGGGACAUCCGCGACUCUGCCAAAUGUAUCCGCACGCUCACAUCAUCAGGACAGGUGAUUUCAGGGGAUGCUUGUGCAGGCACAACCACCCGUACGAUCACCUUUUCCCAGGGCGAAUGUCAGAUCAACCAGAUAGCCCUGAACCCCUCAGGUUCUGUGCUCUACGCGGCCGCCGGAAACAUUGUUCGCAUGUUUGACCUCAACAGGAUGCAGGCAACAGGCAAGCUGACGGGCCACAUUGGUUCUGUCAUGUGUCUGACAGUGGGACAGUCUCUGCUGGGCAAAGAUCAAGUCAUCACUGGCUCUAAAGACCAUUAUGUCAAGGUGUUUGAUGUGGCAGAAGGAACUCUGGGUAAUAUAGGUCCAGCUCAUAACUUCGAGCCUCCGCACUAUGAUGGCAUCGAAUGUUUGGCCGUGCAGGGGGACGUGCUGUUCAGCGGCUCGAGAGACAAUGGCAUCAAGAAGUGGGAGCUGGAGCAGCAGGAGCUUACACAGCAAAUCCCCAACGCUCACAAGGACUGGGUGUGCGCUCUGGCCUACGUCCCUGGCCGGCCCAUGCUGCUGAGCGCCUGUCGGGGCGGCAUGCUCAAAGUGUGGAACGUGGAGAACUUCACACCUAUAGGAGAGGUCAGAGGUCACGAUAGCCCCAUUAAUGCCAUAUGCACCAACUCCAGACAGAUCUUCACUGCAUCCAGCGACAAGACGGUGAAGAUCUGGCUGUCAAAGGUGUGGAGGAAGAGGUGA